CUGUCAGUCAAACUUGCGCGCAUCUGAUUGGCCAAACGUGAGCGGAUGUUUUCACGGCGCUGGUUUACGGCAAACGCCUGCGAGUCUGCGUGAGAAACGCGUCUGAUUAUCUGCGGGAACAAACGACAGAAAAAUCAGAGAUGAUUGAGGUGGUGUGUAACGACCGUUUGGGGAAGAAGGUUCGAGUCAAAUGCAAUCAGGAGGACAAGAUCGGAGACCUGAAGAAGCUGAUCGCGGCUCAGACGGGCACGCGCUGGGACAAGAUCGUGCUCAAGAAAUGGUACACCAUAUUCAAGGACCACGUGACACUGGGAGACUAUGAAAUCCAUGACGGCAUGAACCUGGAGCUGUAUUACCAGUAGAAAACACACACACACACACACACACUCAUCAUGUCUCGAAGCAUCAGAAUAUCUGUUCAGUUGAAUUGUUUUGAUAUUAUUUGGAAAUAAAACUCAUAUUUAUGUAUGA